UAUAGGGACUGUGAGGUUUUGUUACUGUCUGAAGAGGAUUAGGAAUUGAGGAGGGUGGAUCGUUAUCGCUGAUCUGCGAGUCGAAGAUAUCGAUAAUACUAUAUUGACAGAGAGCACGCUUGGAGAAAGAAUACACGGCUUGAAAGAUGAACGAAGAUCAUCUAUUUGUUUUAAUUCACGGGCUAUGGGGAAACCCGACCCAUAUGAACCAACUCCGAGCCACAGUGAAGAAGCAGUACCCCGAUGCGCAGAUCCUGGUCCCUAGCGGGUUCAGUGGAACGCUGACGUACGAUGGUGUUGUUAUUUGCGGGAACAGGGUUAUUAAAGAGACUAGGCAGAAAAUCAAAGAGGUGCAAGAAUCCAAAAGCAUCACAGUCACAAAGUUCAGUAUCGUGGGCUACUCCUUCGGCGGCCUAAUGGCGCGGUACAUCGUCGGCGAACUCGACCGCACCGGCUUCUUCGACACAAUCAAGCCCAAGAACUUCACCACCUUCGCGACCCCUCAUCUCGGCACCAGCACGGGCCGCAAAGAUCUGCUGCGGAGACUGUUUACCCAGUAUGGACGGUACAUGCUCUCGCAGUCCGGCAGGGAUAUGUUUCAUAAAGACGGGGCGGGCGGGAUUCUUGCGCUGCUCGCGGAUCCGGAGAGUGUUUACUAUCGAGUUUUGAGCGAGAAAUUCGAAAGAAUCUCGCUGUACGCAAACGCCGCGAACGAUCGGACGGUGCCGUUCUUUACCGCGUUCAUCACAACCCGUGACCCCUUCACCGACGUGCAUAAUUGCAAACCGCAGUAUCUCGAAGAUGCCUCGCCCGUCAUCGUCGACCUUUCCAAGCCCAUGAGUUACGUGGCGGGGAAACCCACAAGAGCGCCAUGGAGCAGACGGCAGUACAUCCUUUUCAUAUCGCUGAUUACGAUCGGACCGAUAGUCAUCACGCUCACUCUUCUCGGGUUCAUGGUCACCACUCAGAUCUCCGAAGCGCGGAUCCGCAAGCUCUCAAAGCAAGCAGGUCGAGCGAUCGAGCUUUCGUCAAAUAAGUCAACUGCAACUUUGAUCCCGUCCGAUCAAGACUCGUCGAUAGACUUGUCCAAGACUGAGCACCACGAGACAGAAGCCUCGAUCAUGCAAUCCGCAGUCGAGAACUUCAUGGACGCAACAGGCUCCCCCGACGACACUCCCUCCGCCCCCGAGGCACCAACUUUUUCAAUCACCACAUCCCCACCCCUCCACCGCGCACCAAGCACAACCUCCCUCACAACCAUCUGCACCGCCUUACACGAGCAUCGCGUAUCCCAUCCAGAGUUUGCGAAACGCUCGUUCUGCGACGACUUGCCGGAGCCGGAAUCAAUGCUGGAGCUCGAACCGAUCCAGCUUGAGAUCGAGGCGUCGCUGAAUCGGUUGCCGUGGCAUAAGUACGCUGUUCAUGUGCAGUCUACGCCGAUGGCGCAUGCGGCGAUGAUUAACCGUAGAAGAAUUUUUGAGGAGGGAAAGGUUGUUCUUCAGCACUGGGUUGAGCGGUUGGUGGAUUGAUAGAUGGCGUGAUGGUUUGUGUUUGCGAUGAUCCAUUUAAAUAUCAAAUACUAGCAAAACAAAAACGAAAUUCACAACAGAUAGUGUAACAUAACCACUCGCAGACACCUUCAAGCAACAGCCACAACAACCAAAAGAUCAAGCAAUAAACACACAAUGUAAAAUUAAAGAUAAUUAACAGGAUAGAAACAAAAUACAAUGAGGCUUAUGCGGCCGUGUUGAGGUUCUUGAAGAACUCAGGGUCAUCCGCAAGAGUCUCUUUGACGAUAUCAAGACCGCCCUGGAGUUCGCCGUUGACGUAGAGCUGCGGGAAAGUCGGCCAGUCGCUGUAUUUCUUGAGACCUUGGCGGACUGCGUCGUCUUUUAAUAUGUCAAAGAAGCCGAAUCUGCACAACACAUGUGAGUUAGUCAUUGAAAUAUGAUUUGCAAAGGUGGAGGGGUAAUUCUUA